AUGGGGGCCAGAAACUCCUCUGUGACAGAGUUCACCUUUUUGGGCUUAACUAAUCAUCCAGGACUCCAGAUACCACUCUUCUUCCUGUUUCUAGGUUUCUAUUUCAUUACAGUGCUGGGAAACCUGGGCCUGAUCAUUCUAAUAACAUUGAACUCUCAACUUCACACCCCCAUGUACUUCUUCCUCUUCAACCUCUCUAUAAUAGAUCUAUCUUACUCCACCACCAUCACCCCCAAAAUGCUGAUGAGUUUUAUCUCCACAAAGAACAUGAUCUUUCAUGCUGGGUGCCUGACUCAGCUCUUCUUCUUCUGCUUCUUUGUCAUUUCUGAGUCCUUUAUCCUUUCAGCAAUGGCAUAUGAUCGCUAUGUUGCCAUCUGCAAACCUUUGGUUUACAUGGUCACCAUGUCUCCCCAGGUGUGCUUAGUCCUCUUGUUAGGUGUCUAUGUGAUGGGCUUCACUGGGGCCAUGGCUCACACAGGAAACAUAAUGAGUCUGACCUUCUGCUCUGACAACCUCAUCAAUCACUUCAUGUGUGAUAUUCUUCCCCUCCUUGAACUGUCUUGCAACAGGAAUAAAGCAAAUGAGUUGGUCAUCUUUGUUGUUGUGGCCAUUGACAUCAUAAUUCCUAUUGUUACCAUUUUCAUUUCUUAUGUGCUCAUUUUGUCUAACAUUCUCCACAUUCAUUCCAAGGAGGGAAGAUCCAAAGCCUUCAGCACGUGCAGUACUCAUAUGAGUGUGGUGCUUCUUUACUUUGGCUCUGGGGCUUUCAUGUAUCUGAAAUCACCAAAUGCUCUACCUCUUGAUCAAGGGAAAGUGUCUUCCUUGUUUUAUACCAUUGUGGUACCUAUGUUGAAUCCAUUAAUCUAUAGCUUGAGGAAUAAGGAUGUUAAAAUUGCUUUUAGGAAAACCUUGGGGAGAAAUGUAUUUGAAUAA